AUCUCUGGGGGUUCGUGAUGCGGGUAGAGCUCAACGACUGAAACAAAUCAUCUACCGCAUAUUCCCGCCGCGGCCGUCCUCAAAAACUGGACAUACCUCGCCUUUAGGCCCCCUUGCGGGCCCUGAACCAUUCCGAUCAUGAGCUCCCUCAAACAGUUCAUUCGCAACGUGCGCGCUGCUAAGACCAUUGCGGAUGAGAGGGCCGUCAUCCAGAAGGAGAGUGCAGCCAUCCGGGCGAGUUUCAGGGAGGAGAGCGCAGACCACGGCGUCAGGCGGAACAACGUGGCAAAACUCCUCUACCUCUUCACCCUCGGCGAGCGAACCCAUUUCGGUCAAAUCGAGUGUCUGAAGCUUCUUGCCUCGCCCCGCUUCGCCGACAAGCGGUUGGGACACUUGGCGACCAGCUUGCUGCUUGACGAGAACCAGGAAGUCCUGACGCUGGUUACAAACUCUCUCAAAAAUGACCUGUCACACUCGAACCAAUAUGUCGUCGGCCUCGCCCUUUGCACCCUGGGCAACAUCGCCUCCGUCGAGAUGUCCAGAGACCUGUUCACCGAGAUCGAAAAUUUGAUAUCCACGGCGAACCCCUACAUCCGACGGAAAGCAGCCCUUUGCGCCAUGCGCAUAUGCAGAAAGGUCCCAGACUUGCAGGAACACUUCAUCGAGAAGGCGACCCAAUUGCUAUCAGACAGGAACCACGGGGUGCUUCUCUGCGGCCUCACUUUGGUCACCAGUCUCUGCGAGGCCGACGAGGCCGAAGGUGGAGAGGAAGGCAUCGUGGAUAAGUUCAAGCAGUUUGUGCCCGUGCUUGUGAGGACGCUGAAGGGGUUGGCCUCCUCGGGCUACGCGCCGGAGCACGAUGUCACUGGCAUCACAGACCCCUUUUUGCAGGUCAAGCUUCUACGGUUGCUUCGAGUCCUGGCCCGCGGCGAUGCUCAGGUUACCGAGCAGAUCAACGACAUCCUGGCCCAGGUCGCCACCAACACCGACUCUUCCAAGAACGUCGGAAACUCGAUUCUUUACGAAGCGGUGCGGACCAUCCUUGAUAUUGAGGCGGACUCGGGCCUGCGCGUGUUGGGUGUCAACAUUCUGGGCAAAUUCCUGACCAACAAGGACAACAACAUCCGCUAUGUUGCGCUAAACACGCUCGUCAAGGUGGUGGCCAUCGACACCAACGCCGUUCAAAGACACCGAAAUACGAUUUUGGAGUGUUUGAGGGAUCCCGAUAUUAGCAUCAGGAGGAGAGCCCUGGAUUUGAGUUUUACUCUUAUCAACGAGAGCAACGUCCGCGUACUGAUCCGCGAGCUGCUGGCUUUCCUCGAGGUGGCCGAUAACGAGUUCAAGCCGACCAUGACCACUCAGAUCGGCGUUGCCGCUGACCGGUAUGCUCCCAACAAGCGGUGGCACUUCGAUACCAUGCUGCGAGUCGUCACACUGGCGGGCAACUACGUCAAGGAGCCGAUCCUCUCGUCCUUUGUCCGUCUCAUUGCCACCACCCCUGAACUACAAACCUACGCGGUACAGAAGCUGUACGCAAACCUCAAGAAAGAUAUCACUCAGGAAAGCUUGACGCAGGCAGGCGCAUGGUGCAUCGGCGAGUAUGGUGAAGCACUUCUCAGGGGCGGCCAGUACGAGGAGGAGGAGCUCGUCCAGGAGAUCAAGGAGUACGAGGUUGUCGACUUGUUUUCUACCAUCCUGAAUAGCAGCUACGCCACCCAGGUUACCACCGAGUACCUCAUUACAGCCCUGGUGAAGCUUACAACCAGGUUAUCCGACGCUGCUCAGAUCGAGCGAAUCCGCCGCAUCCUACAGAACCACCAGACAAGUCUGGAUGUCGAAGUUCAGCAACGCGCUGUCGAGUUUAGCAAUCUGUUUUCAUUCGACCAGAUCCGGCGAGGCGUGUUGGAGAAGAUGCCGCCGCCCCAAAUCAAGGAGGAGUCACGUGUCCUGGGUGAGGCGGCCAGAAAGACGAUCAAGGCGGCUAACAGGAAAUCCAAGGUCAUGAAGCCAAAGGAGGAGGAUCUGCUCUUCGACCUCAUGGGCGACAGCAGCGCUCCCACGCCAGCGCCGGUCAACGGCAGCGGGAAUGCGGAUCUGCUUGCCGAUAUACUCGGCGGUACGACCUCGCCCCCUCCCACCGCCUCUCCUCCUGCUCAAUCCAACGUCGCCUCCAUCAUGGACUUGUUCUCCCAGGGUCCCGUCUCUACGCCAUCUCCCGCCCAAAGUGCCGCGGCACGGCCUCCCCCGAGCGCCGAUCUCUUCGCAACUACAGCCUCGCCUCCUCCACAGGCAGCAGCAGCUGCCGCAUCCGUGCCAGCAGGCCACCCGUGUUACGAUAACAAUGGUCUCAACAUCAUCAUCCAGACACAGCGGAAUGCCGAGGGCACGAUCCAGGCCACGGCCCGGUUCAGGAACACGGGGGCCGGCGGUCCGCUGUCAGGUGUCGGGCUGCAGGCGGCUGUGCCAAAGACGCAGAAGCUGCAGCUGUUGAGCAUCUCGUCGAGCGAGAUUGGAGUGGGCGCCGAGGCGACACAGAUGAUGAGGGUUGCCGGUUGCAGAGGGCCUCUGCGGUUGCGGCUGAGGAUAGGAUACUCGCAUCCUACGGCGGGACAGGUCAUGGACGUGGUCAAUUGGACGGAACCGUCUUGAUAGUAGGGUGUUGGUUAGUCUUGGGAAGGGGAAGGUGGUUUGAGUUGGACGGUGUAACGCACGAGACUUUGGGAGCAACGUGGUUCUUCAAAAGUCAAUAUACCUCGGUAUACCGCUUAGAGUGUUUCUAUGAUAGCGGUGAUGGCGCUCUGCUUGGGGGCUUAGUCUCCCUGUCGUAAAUGAAAUAAACCGCGAGUGAAUGCUGGAAAGGC